CAUGGGCUGCGCGGCGGCGCAGGGGCGGCUGGCGGCGGGGCUGCUCGUCAACCUGGCCGCCUCCAUCUGCAUCGUCUUCCUCAACAAGUGGCUCUACGUGCGGCUGGGCUUCCCCAACCUGAGCCUCACGCUCGUGCACUUCGCGCUCACCUGGCUCGGCCUGUACGCGUGCCAGGCGCUGGGCGCCUUCGCGCCCAAGCGGCUGCGCGCGCGGCAGGUGCUGCCGCUCGCCCUCAGCUUCUGCGGCUUCGUCGUCUUCACCAACCUCUCGCUGCAGAGCAACACCAUCGGCACCUACCAGCUGGCCAAGGCCAUGACCACGCCGGCCAUCGUGCUCAUCCAGAGCGUGGCCUACGGCAAGAGCUUCCCGCUGCGCAUCAAGCUCACGCUGCUCCCCAUCACGCUCGGCGUCUUCCUCAACUCCUACUACGACGUGAAGUUCAGCCCGGCGGGCAUGGUGUUCGCGGCGCUCGGCGUGCUCGUCACCUCGCUCUACCAGGUGUGGGUGGGAGCCAAGCAGCACGAGCUCCAGGUGAACUCCAUGCAGCUGCUCUACUACCAGGCGCCCAUGUCCUCCGCCGUGCUGCUCUGCAUCAUUCCCUUCUUCGAGCCCGUCUUUGGGGAAGGGGGCAUAUUUGGGCCCUGGACGCUCUCUGCUGUGAUAAUGGUCCUGCUGUCUGGUGUGAUAGCCUUUAUGGUAAACUUGUCCAUUUACUGGAUCAUUGGAAAUACGUCACCUGUCACAUAUAACAUGUUUGGACACUUCAAGUUCUGCAUCACCCUCCUGGGAGGGUGCCUCUUGUUUAAGGAUCCGUUGUCCGUAAAUCAGGGCCUUGGGAUUCUGUGCACAUUGCUGGGGAUUUUGGCCUACACACACUUCAAACUCAGUGAGCAGGAAGGCAGUAAGAGCAAACUGGCCCAGCGUCCCUGAAGCAGGAUUCUCUGGAGGUUAAUGGCAUCGUGGGGAGAGCAGACGUUUAAAUGCAUCGAUUUUGGAAUGCACAGGGUGGCUUUGUUCAGCUCAAACUGUUUUUAGUUUAACUGCCAGGACCAUUAUUCUGUAGCUAAACACCACACAAUGAAUUAUGUAAGGAGCUGGGGCUGUGCCAUCCCAGUCCAUCUGACUGGUUUCAUGAAAUAGCAACGUAAAAAAGAUAAUGGCACACCUAAAAUUUCUAUGGAAAUUUUGCAGAAGUAGUUAGGAUUUUUGCAUAUUAAGUGAGCUCAUUAAUGGCCAAUCUUAAAUAGAGAGAGGGAAUCGUGCCCUUGUGCUCAUGCCAGUGCUGCUGUUCUGAAGAAACCUGGGGGCUCUUUCAGGCAGGUGCUCUGGUGUGUGAAGAUGCUGCUUCUUGCCCGGUGAAUGAUGAAGAGGGACACGACGCGUUUGGGUGUUUUUAAAAGGGCCCCCAGCCUCAUUCCUCAUUCUCGUGUGUUUUCUUAUGUACGUGUUUGGCUCGAGUACGUUUAUAAAUUAUAAAUACGGCUGAAGGUAUUAAAUAAAGUUAUUAGUGGAGYAAGACUAGAGAAUACAUGGGAAAGCUUGAAGCCAAGCUCUGGAAAAGUAGGAAAUCAGAUCUGAACAAUUCAUUAUGUGGUUUGUUUGUUUGUUUUCUCUUUCUGUUGAUCUGUUAAGGCAUUAAUGAGGUCGUUUUUUUUUUUUUUUUUAUAAAAACUGUUAUUGUUUUACAAUUUUCUUUAUGCCAAAACCAAGGAUUUUCGUGAGACCUUGUAAGUACUUGUGAGCCUUAAUAAAAUCUCUGAAUUUGUGGUAAUUGCCAGUAUUUUGCAGCCGGCCCAGGCAGGYGCCCCUGCUGCAGCAGCCCUUGGAGGCGCCGUCAGGCAGCUCGCCCGCUCUCACGGACGAGGAGGGUGGUCUCUGCCAGUGUUACUGCCUUCCCCCUCCUCUGUGCAGCCCCUGCUCGCUCCCACGGAUUUCAUGGUCCUCACGGAUUUCACGAGAUCCAUGGAUUUCACGGUCCUCAUCUCAUCCUCCCUUUGGAGGGAAGGCAGUUCCGCGUGGGCCAUGGUUGUUCACCAAACAGGCCUCUCGGGACCUUUCCAAAGGGAGUGAAGUGUGAGAGGUGGCAGCCUCUUCUGCCUUAACUUGAGGGUACUCUGGAAAUGAAUUUAUGCCGGUAUCCAGCACUGUAGUUUUGGAAGGAAGGAGGAAUUCCCCUAUUUUAAAAGCUCGCUGUGCUCUGAGUAAGUCAGGUGAGAGUGUUUGCCAGACUGACGAGGUCCAAGCUCAUUUGCAGUAUCUUAAUCCUCACAUUCAGGCUUUAUUUUAUCUUCAUCUACCUCUAGCAGGUUUAAAGAGGGAAAUUGUAUGAAUAAAAACAAAGUGUUUGGGUUAUCCCAACACCGAGAGCAAUGGCAAGGUAUUUAGCUCCUCUAAACUUUCUUUUUUUCUUUUUACAAUGGAAACAGUAGGUCUUUGAUGUAUAAGCAACAAUGCAGACCUUUUCAAGCUUGUAAAUUAUUUAUUCUGUUACAGAAUCCUUGUUUUUAAAGCAAGUUACUUCACUGUGCAACCUAAGUUUACACUGUAGCGCUCURUAUCUUCUCAAAGCCAGAAAGAUCUGAAUAAUUUUACAUCUUUACCAGCUGUGUCUUAGACAUUGUACAGGUUCAAGGAUUUUUUUUUUAAUAUAUUUUUGUAAGUCUGUAAUUAGUUUAAAAAUACAGCCUGGACUGCUCACAGAUAUGUGGAGAACAGGAUCAUCUCUGGCCGCAGAUCCCUCAGCGGGUGCCCUGGGAAAGGCAUCCGCACUGAUUUGUGCCGUGCACAAGUUCCUCUGAAAUGCAGACACCCCACAGAGACAUUCC